CCCGAGGACCACCCCGCCCCAGGCCACCCGGGGACCCCUCACACGUUCGCCUCUAGAUCCCCAGCAAUCUGCGGGAGUGUCGGAGGCUGGUGCGGGUCCCCGCCUUCCGCGCCCCCCACGGGAAGGAAGCGCCCCGAACUAAAAACAGAGGAACGGAAAGAAGCUUUCAUUCGCCGGCUGGGAGGCGAGCCAAUGCUGAGCUGCAGCGCGUCGAACAUGCCGGGGAUGAUCUGCAAGAACCCAGACCUCGAGUUUGACUCGCUGCAGCCUUGCUUCUACCCGGACGAAGAUGAUUUCUACUUCAGUGGCCCUGAUUCGACCCCCCCAGGGGAGGACAUCUGGAAGAAGUUUGAGCUGCUGCCUACGCCCCCACUGUCGCCCAGCCGUGCCUUCCCGGACCACAGCCCGGAGCCCCCGAACUGGGCCACCGAGAUGCUGCUGCCCGAGGCCGACCUGUGGGGCAACCCGGCCGAAGAGGACGCGUUCGGCCUGGGAGGCCUGGGCAGUCUCACCCCCAACACGGUCAUCCUCCAGGAUUGCAUGUGGAGCGGCUUUUCUGCCCGGGAGAAGCUGGAGCGCGCCGUGAGCGAGAAGCUGCACCACGGCCGCCCGCCCGCCGGGCCCGCCUCCCUGGCCACCGGAGCGGGCGCCGCUAGCCCUGCGGGCCACGGGCACGCCGCGGGGACCGGCCGCGCCGGGGCCGCCCUGCCGUCCGAGCUCGCCCACCCGGCCUCCGAGUGCGUGGAUCCCGCGGUGGUCUUUCCCUUCCCGGUGAACAAGCGCGAGCCUGCUCCCCUGCCCGCCGCCCAGGGCGGUGCUCCGGUGGUGGGCACUGGGGUCGCCUCGGUGGCGAGUGCCACAGCUCCAGCUGGCGGCCCGGUGGCCUCCCUUUCACGCACCGGGGGGCGCCCACCCAGCGGUGGUGACCACAAGGCUCUCAGCACCUCCGGCGAGGACACUUUGAGCGACUCAGAUGAUGAAGAUGACGAAGAGGAAGACGAAGAGGAGGAGAUUGACGUGGUGACCGUGGAGAAGCGGCGGUCCUCCUCCAACAGCAAGGCCGUCACCACCUUCACCAUCACCGUGCGCCCCAAGAGCGCAGCCCUGGGCCUGGGGAGGGCCCAGGCCGGUGACCUGGUCCUCAAGCGCUGUGUCCCCAUCCACCAGCAGCACAACUACGCCGCCCCGUCGCCCUACAUGGAGAGUGAGGAUGCGCCGCCCCAGAAGAAGAUUAAGAGCGAGGCAUCCCCCCGCCCUCUCAAGAGUGUCAUCCCCCCGAAGGCGAAGAGCUUGAGCCCCCGCAACUCUGACUCGGAGGACAGCGAGCGCCGCCGGAACCACAACAUCCUGGAGCGCCAGCGCCGCAACGACCUGCGGUCCAGCUUCCUCACGCUCAGGGACCACGUGCCAGAGCUGGUGAAGAACGAGAAGGCCGCCAAGGUGGUCAUUUUGAAAAAGGCCACCGAGUACGUCCACUCCCUGCAGGCCGAGGAGCACCAGCUUUUGCUGGAGAAGGAGAAGUUGCAGGCAAGACAGCAGCAGUUGCUGAAGAAAAUUGAACACGCUCGGACUUGCUAAGCCUUUCUCAGAACUGGACAGUCACUGCCACUUUGCACAUUUUGAUUUUUUUUUUUAAAACAAACAUUGGGUUGACGUUAAGAAUGUUGGUUUCCUUUCACAUCGGUCCCCCGUCGAGUUUGGAUCUGGGUGGGGAGCAGGACGUGUGUGGGCUUCUGCCAGGACCUCCGCAGAGGGCCUGCGAGAUGGGAUGCUGUGGCCCCUGGCAUUUCCUCCAAGUCACCUCCAAGGCAGUGGUCGAAGUUUGUGACAGCUGGGAGCCAUCGGGGCUGUUGGAGUCACCUUGUUUGUUCCAAGUUUCCAAACGACAGAAAGUCAUUCCUUUUUCAAAUGGUGCUUAAGUUCCAGCAGAUGCCACGGAAGGGGUUUGCCAUUCAACGCCCCUGGGGAACAUUUCUGUAAAUACCACUGACACACCCGCCUUUUCUAUGCGUCCUGGGUAAUGAGAGGUGGCUUUGGUGGCCAAUGUUAGACUGGAAGUUCAUGCCUAAGUACUGUAAUACCUCAAUGUUUGAGGAGCAUGUUUUGUAUACAAAUAUAUUGUUAAUCUCUGUUAUGUACUGUACUAAUUCUUACACUGCCUGUAUACUUUAGUAUGAUGCUGAUACAUAACUAAAUUUGAUACUUAUAUUUUCGUAUGAAAAUGAGUUGUGAAAGUUUUGAGUAGAUAUUACUUUAUCACUUUUUGAAUUAAGAAAACUUUUGUAAAGAAAUUUACUAUAUAUAUAUAUGCCUUUUUCCUAGCCUGUUUCUUCCUGUUAAUGUAUUUGUUCAUGUUUGGUGCAUAGAACUGGGUAAAUGCAAAGUUCUGUGUUUAAUUUCUUU